AUGGUGGCUUUGUGUGUUAAGCAUCAUAUUCUAAAGGACCCUGAGUAUACGCCUAACUCCAUUAUUGAGGAUGUGAGGCAAAAGUAUCAUGUUGAAAUAUCCUACAAGAAAGCAUGGUAUGCUCGGAGGAAGACUAUAAAGCUUGCUUUUGGUGGAUGGGAGUCAUCAUUUGAAGAUUUGCCUAGUUAUAUGAUUGAGUUGCAGAAGCGCACCCGUGGUACAAUUGUUGAGUGGCAUCAUGAUGAAAGACAUAGUAAUGAGACACGAAAGUUGUUCAAGUAUGUAUUUUGGGCAUUCGGGCCGUGUGUGGAGGCUUUUCAACUUUGCAAGCCAGUGCUAGCUGUUGAAGGCACUCAUUUGCGUGGAAGGCUCAAAGGUAAACUUCUUUGUGCUGUUGGAUUUUAUGCAAACAAGAAGUGUUUACCCGUUGCUUACGCAAUUGUUGAUAAUGAAACAAGUGAUAGUUGGAAUUGA